CAGGUCGCUGUUAGGAGAGAUUAGGGGGAUAAGUACCCCCCCCCCCCCUCAAUUGGCCUGAAUCAUAGGGAACCUCCAACUGCGGCCAUCUCCAAAUUUAAUAGUAACAUGCUAGCAUGUGAAGGUGGAAUGCUGAAAAGGAUAUCAAGGAUGAACUGACCCCCGGGGGGGAUUUGUCAACAAGUCUUUAUAGAUGUGUUCAGCACAUGCUAUGUGGGAAGGACGAUGCUAUAUACGACGGGUGGCAAGAUGGGUUCAGAGGUUUGUUCGACCCGUGUUUUGUUGUAAGUACCAUCAUUUAUUCAAAUGGGGGUAGGCGGAUGGGGGCAAGCUAUAUGGGUUUGCUAUGUUUUCAUUCUCGAGAAAACACUACUAAUGCAUCUGCCCUUCUUGUUGCAAAAUAAAAAAACGCAGGACGAGAUUUGCAGAGAUGAUGGUGAAACUGACUGGGAUUACAUAGACACUGUGAUGAACUCAGAAAUGAUGGGGUACAAGAUUGAUUGGUUGACAAAGUUGUGGUUCCCAUCAAAAUUCAUGGAUUGUUGGGUGAUGUACCUUAUGGACAAGGACAAGAAAACCAUGAUGGUCCUUGACCCUACGGAGACAGAUGUGAUGGAUGAGAUGAAGAUCAAGCAUGAAGCCCGUGCAAAAAAAUUCCAACGUAGAUUCCGUUCUCUUUUCAACAACUUCUUCGGCAACGGGUUGGUUGACACCGAUGGCUGGACAUUCUUAUACCCACUAGUGGCGCAGCAUGAGCCUUGCAGCAGGGAAGACAGCGGAGUGUACAUCACACACUACUACACUGAUUUCACCGGUCUGUACCUCCGGUCGACGCUGACUCAGGACUAAUUCGACAGUCUGCGGAUGAAGCUAGCGUAUGAGAUCGUAAUCAUGAAGGGCAACAAGGGAGAGAUUCCAGACUUCCUCUACGACAUGAUCAUCGACUGAACCGAGCAGUAAAAAAAUGAGAGAUGGACUCGGACUCCGUGGUGCCUUGUUGCAAAAAAAUGGUUGCAGACUGGCAAACUAUUUUGUCUGCAACCAUGGUGCUGCUGAGUCUGAAGGGGGGAACGGGCGCCCCAUUUUGGUUUGCGUUAAAAACCCGGUUGCGUUGUCAAGCCAGAAUCUUAAAUAUUGUGGAUUGUGCUACCUAGUUUGUAAGACCUAAGUAGACCGUAAUAGUAUUGUCUGUGGACCUGGUUGGUCCUACGAUGUGAACAUCAAUCUAUGUGUUGGCGAACUUGGAGUUUAACCGCUAUUCGGAACA